AUGUCAGUCUCGUCACACGACGGUAGUGAAAAGGACAGUGGUCUUUUCCAUCGCAUGUCGGAAGGCUUUCCUCAUCGUUAUGCAGCCAUGCGCAAGACCGACUUGCUUGACACCUUGGAUGUACGACAUCGUGACACGGAUACUUGGAGUGUUGCAGCGACGAUUGACGACCAGGAAUCAGUUAUCAGUGGCGCUGGAGGAACAGCGAGUAUUGUGAGCAGUAGCCGAGCUACAGUGGAAGGACGAGAAACAGACGAUGAUCGGUCAACACUGGAUGGCGGUGGCAAUGGAAGUGAUGCUAUACAUCCUGCACUUUUGACUUCUUUUCGACUUGAGACUUUACGUGAUUUGGAUGGUGGUAGUGGUGGAGGAGGACAAGAUACGGCAAGCACUAUUGACGACAAUCGAUCCCGGUCUAAUGCUGCCGAGUUUGGUGAUGAAGGCACUCGGUCUGCAGCGACAGAUUUCGAUCAAAGUGAUACGAGUGAUGAUGAACAAGGAGGAGGACACCAACAUCGAGUAGUCAAUGAUGAUAUCUCGGCACCUCCACAACCACAACCAAGCUUUGCCAGUGUCACCAAAUCCUUUGCAGAGUUGAUGGAAGAAAAUGAAGCCUUACAUACUCAACUACGCAAUCUUCAAAUCGCCCAAAAGCAUCAAUCAGAGCUUAUUGAAAACUUGCGUUCUCUCACCAACUGCAAUGAAGAAGUUUAUGGUCAAGCCUUGCAUCUUUCUCAAGUCACUCCCGAAGAACUCGAACGUUGGAAUCAACAAAGUAGAGCUACUACCACUGCUGCUGGAUCAUCAUCGUCAUCCACCACACCAGGUCGAGAACAACAAGAAGCUACAAGUGCUCAUUCCCUUGCUCAACAACUCGCAAGACUCGCUGAACUUGUCACUCGUUAUACCCAAUUGGUGGAUCAUCAAGAUGACUCGGCAAAGAUUCGAUUUGAGCAGGAUCUUUUCGCUCACAUCGUGAGUGCUUAUUUUGAUUCGCUUCCUUUUGGUACUGAAAAUCAGGAGCUUUUGAACCUUGCGUAUUCGGAUCAAAUGCGUCGAUUCCAAACAACCCUCGGUGCUCAUUUCGCAAAGUGGUAUCGUCGACAAACCGUUCAAUCACUCUCGCUCAAUCCUGCUUCCAAGGAACAUCUUGAACGUCUGCGUAUCGUGAUGACUGAUAAGUUUUAUCGCAACCAACAUAAGCAAGAAUGGGAUGAAUUACUCGAACAUUGUGCCGCCCUUUCCUUGGUCAUUCAUGCUGGUGAUGCCGAUGUCACAACACAACAAGUUGAACAAGGUGCAAAGUACGAUCCCCACAUUAUGGCCGUCGUCGGUAACGAGAGAGCUGAUGAUACCAAAUCCGUCAAGGCCGUGCUUACCCCUUUGUUCAUUGAUGAAGAGCAGGUGGUCCUGAUGCCCGCACGCGUGAUAUUGCAGUAG